AGUGCGGCACUAAUGAAAUGGUCAUCGGUGCUAUGUUGUUAACGGGUAACCAUCUAAACGGCCCCAACAAACAGCAGCAGCAACAGAAACGACUGCAGCAGCAGCAGCAGGAGCAGCAGCAGGAGCAACAACAACAACAACAGCAACAGCAGAAGCCAACAACAGCAACAGCUGCCACCCCUGGUUACUAUGCACUGGGUGGCAUACGCAUACCCAAAUCGCCAUCGUUUCACAGCGGCUUAGAUCUGCUGGCUGACGACGACGACGACGAGCUGCAACAGCAGCAGCAGUCGGAGGAUAGCAGUAAAUUUAAAUUUAGCAGCGUGGAGGAGCUAAAAGCGAAAUUCGAGGCGCAGGCACGUAAGAUGCCACUGUCUCCGCCAGAGGCAAGUGUCGCCAGCAGCAGCAGCACCACCAUCACCACCACCACAACAGCAUCAUCAUCGCCAUCCUCAUCAUCGACUAGCUCAAAUUCAUCGGGCUCAGCGCUGUCAUCGCUGUCUCAGGCUGGCUCAUCCUCUCUGGCCUCGGCAGCUGCCAGUUGCUCCACCUCAUCAGCGGUCACAUACGGCGGUGGUGCGAAUUCUGCAGCUGCUGCUCUAAUAGCCGGCUCAUCGCCAUUUGGCUCACAAUCAUCGACAUCGUCGUUGUCGCUGUCGUCUAAUCCAGCAAAUGUAACUGCAACAACAACAGCAGCAGCCGGAGCAUCCACAGUUACCAUGUCAAAGAGCACACCCAGCACAACAGCAGCAACAACAAUUGGAACUGCAGCUGGCAGUAGUGGCAGUUCCUCCCUGGUGUCCACCUUGGCGCAGCACUUCUCGGCAGCAACCACAGCCAGUUCAUUGUUGAGCACAGCAUCCGCAGUGGCAAGCGUCUCAUCCACAACCGUCAGUUCGGCCAGCAACAAGGUUUGCAGCACAAACAAAACAAAAAAAAUAUCAAAAAACGAUCAUUCAACUGAACAGUCACCCGUGAGCGCUGCCGCGGCCAUUAAGAACAUAUUGAAUGCCACCAAAAAUGUGGGCAGCAAUGCAGUUGCUGCUGCCACCACCAACAACAGCACCACCAAUACCAUCACCACCGGCAACAACAGCAGCAGCAGCAGCACUAGCAACGUCGAAGUGAUGCUUGAUGGCAGCACCACCUCAAGCGCCACGACAGUGGCACAGAAUCUGGUCGGUGGCAUAAGCAUAUCUCUGGGCAUUGGUCAGCGCAACGGCGGCAGUGCGUCGACGUCUGUGGCAUUAACAUCAACGUUAGCAUCGUCAGCGUCUGCGUCGUCGUCUGUACCAGCAGCGGUACGCCAAAAUGGCGAUACCAUUGUCCAUAAUAAUCUGUCGUCGCCGCAGACGCUGCAACAGCUGACGGGAAGUCCAGGACGUGCACGCGAUCGGAAUCUGUUUCACUCGCCACCGAAUGCAUCAACUGCGCUGGCGUUGCCGCCACUGCGAGAAACGGCAGCAGCCGAGCGGGAGGAGCUGUUCUUGCAGAAAUUACGGCAAUGCUGCACCUUGUUCGACUUCUCCGAACCGCUGAGCGAUCUAAAAUGGAAGGAGGUCAAACGUGCCGCUCUCCACGAGAUGGUCGAGUAUCUCUCCAAUCAGAAUGGCGUCAUUACAGAGAUUGUUUACCCGGAGGCCAUCAAUAUGUUUUCUGUGAACCUAUUUCGCACCUUGCCGCCCUCGUCGAAUCCCAAUGGCGCUGAAUUUGAUCCGGAAGAGGAUGAGCCAACAUUGGAAUCAUCUUGGCCACAUUUGCAGUUAGUCUAUGAGCUGUUUUUGCGCUUCUUGGAGUCACCCGAUUUUCAGCCAAAUAUUGCAAAACGCUUUAUCGAUCAUCAAUUUGUAUUGCAACUGUUGGACUUAUUCGAUUCAGAGGAUCCGCGUGAACGUGAUUUCCUUAAGACUGUUUUACAUCGCAUCUAUGGCAAAUUCUUGGGAUUGAGGGCAUUUAUUAGGAAGCAAAUAAACAAUGUGUUUUACAGAUUUAUCUACGAAACGGAGCAUCAUAAUGGCAUUGCAGAGCUGCUGGAAAUUUUGGGUAGCAUUAUUAAUGGAUUUGCCUUACCGCUCAAGGAGGAGCAUAAACAAUUUUUACUUAAGGUAUUGCUGCCAUUGCAUAAGGCCAAGAGCCUCUCCGUGUACCAUCCGCAGCUAACCUACUGUGUAGUGCAGUUCCUUGAGAAGGAUCCCAGUUUGUCAGAGGCGGUUAUCAAAAGUCUAUUGAAGUUUUGGCCCAAAACGCACAGUCCCAAGGAGGUGAUGUUUUUGAACGAACUGGAGGAACUGCUCGAUGUUAUAGAGCCGGCCGAGUUUCAGAAGGUGAUGGUGCCGCUGUUCCGGCAGAUAUCCAAGAGCGUCUCCUCGCCACACUUUCAGGUGGCGGAGCGUGCGCUCUAUUAUUGGAACAAUGAGUACAUUAUGUCGCUGAUAGCGGACAACUCGCAUAUCAUUUUGCCCAUCAUGUUUCCGGCGCUCAAUCGCAACUCGAAGACGCACUGGAAUAAGACCAUUCACGGUCUCAUAUACAAUGCACUCAAGCUGUUCAUGGAGAUGAAUCAGCGGCUGUUUGAUGAGUGCAGCAAAAACUACAAACAAGAGAAGCAGCAGGAACGCGAGAAGUUAUCACAGCGCGAGGAGCUCUGGCAGCAGGUGGAGACACUGGCCAAAACCAAUCCGGAGUUUACUAAGACCCGACAAUACAACGUUGGUGUGCCGAUGUCCGAUAGUCAAAUACUGUACGAUCAAUACAAUGAUAGUUGUGAUCUAACCUACGAUAAGAUUGAGCAACAGACAAGAUCGCAACCGCCGCUAACGCAACAACAACAACAACAGCCAAACCAGGAGCCCAGAGAGAUACGCGGUGAUCGCAACAAGGACAAACCGCUGAUGCGACGAAAAUCCGAUCUACCCUCGGAUAGCGGUGUCGUGCACGCCCUCAUCGAGCACAAGCGAACCGAUGAGUAUCUGACAACGCCGCCGCCAGAUGCAAACAACUAUUAGGCGAAAAGGUCGCCGCCUGCUGCUAUAUCCCCCUCAAUUCGGGGCUGGCCCAACGCUAAGGUUCUUUUAUAGAUUAAACAACACACACACGAAAAAAAAAAAUCAACAAAAAAAAAAAACAACAACUA